AUGGACCAUAUUAACAAGAAAGACGACUGCCUCCGCAAGGAAUGCGACGGAAAAGAGCAGAAGCUUCUCGGCAAGGAUUGUACCGAGUUCGGGCAUAUCAAGAGAGACGAGAAGAUGGAGUGCGGAAAAGGACAAUGUGACAUGAAGAACAAAUGUUCUGAUGAGGAGGAUUUGAAGAAGAGAAGAGAGUCUGACAUCAGAAACAAGGAGAUGUGA